AUGUCAGCAAGGAUCGCUUUGGCGAGCGAUAUUCACCAGCAUCAGGAUCUGCCUGCACGAAGAACGGUGUCUUCAGCCUUGUCCUUCGUCUUUGACAUCUACGAGCUUUUCGGCUUCGAGUUUACACUGGCCGUGAUCUUUCCCAAGCGGACGUGGCCGUUGCGGUACCUGACGGAGGAGCAGUAUGAGUCGUGGGCCGCCCGGGGUGUCCUCGUCGUGCCCGGCGCUGUCGACACCGCGAAGGCAAAGCGUGCGGCAGACGCCAUCUACGAGUUUGUCGGGGCGAAGCGGGAAGACCCCGACUCCUGGUACAAGAACAAGCUGGACAUCUAUACAGACACCCUACCGGAUGGAAAGCGCCCUCACCAUGGUCCUUGUGGAAUGGUCCAGAUGUAUCAUCACUCCACGCUGUGGGACUUGCGGCAGGAUCCGAGCAUUCAUGCCAUCUUCUCGGACAUCUAUGGCACGGAGCAGCUGUUUGUGACCACCGAUCGUGCCCAUUUCAAGGCGCCCGAGAGCGAGCAAUUCCCCGAGUGGUCAGAUCCUGGUGAGGUGCACAAGGGCUUACACUGGGACAUCGAGACAGGUGAAGGCCACUGGCCGGUGCCGUUUGCCGUGCAAGGCAUCGUCUACCUCGAGGACACCACCGCCGAGCUCGGUGCUCUCCGCGUGGUCCCAGGAUUCCAUCGUCGUCUGGGCACUUGGUCUCCAUCUUUUGGGCCAAGAAGUGGACGCAGCUGCCCGGAGUGCCUCCAAAAAGAGGCAGAGCCAGUAGAGGGCACUGCUGGUUCUCUCGUCUUGUGGCUCAGUGUGCUGCCGCACGGGCCGUCCCGAAAUCGUGGCCGCGUUCCGCGGGUUUCGGCAUACGUCGCUAUGCUCCCGGUGGAUGCGGCGCCCUUUCUGGGCGAGGGCCGGAGCCCUGAGCGACCGCUCAGCAUGUCGGACGCAGGUACCCUAGCCUAUGACGACGUCAGCAAGGUCUCUGUGCUUUCGCGGCUGAACGCUUCGGAGCGUCGCAGGCGCUGGGAGGAGAGGCUGCCCCUCUUGGAGGAGGACCCAAAAGAGACGCUCUGGGAACGAGCAGAGGCGCAGCUGCAAGAGGCGUUGAACAGCACCGGAAAGCCCUGGUCGCUGAAGAAGGGCGAUGGUGCAUUCUACGGGCCAAAGAUUGACAUCCAACUGCAGGAUGCCUUGGGAAGAGGGCACCAGUGUGGAACGAUCCAGCUUGACUUCCAACUGCCCAUCCGCUUCAACCUCAAGUACCAGACGGAGAAGGGAGCCGCGGAGGAGUCCGCAGAGAAGCCGAAGGUUGAGGGCGACGAGCAGGAGCCUGUGCUUCCUCCUGGCUACUCUCGGCCGGUGAUCGUCCACCGCGCGAUCCUGGGAUCUGUGGAGCGGAUGCUUGGUGUUCUGUGCGAACACUAUGAAUUCCGUUCGCUGAGAGUCCUGAUUCGUCACGGGUGUUGCCAUGGGCGGAUCUACAUAAUUUUACAUUCCCUGCGUCAUGGCUCAAGCCAUUUCAGCUCUCCAGCUAUCUUCCCACCGCUUCGUGGAAGGACAAGAUCAUCGGUCAUGGAGCAGCAGCACAUCGUGUUCUUCAACCUUCCAGCUGCCGGACACAUGAACCCGACCCUGCCGGUGGUGGCUGAGCUGCGCUCGCGAGGCGUGGCCGUGACCUACUUCGUCCCCCCACAGAUGCGUGAGGUGGUCGAGGCCGCCGGAGCUACCUGGCAACUCUUGGAGGAGCUCAAGGAGGGGAUGUCGCUGGAGGAGUAUGAGUUCCCCAUGAUGUCCAUGCCCGUGGCGGCUUCACAGCUCCCGAAGCUGAUCCCCGAGCUGAAAAGCUUCAGCCCGCCAGUCACGGCUAUCGUGCAUGACCCCUUCCUGCCACAAGCCCUGGUGGCAGCGCAGGUCCUGGGUAUUCCUGCUGUGAGCACCCUGACUAUGCCCGGCCCGGGUGUCAUCGCUCGACCGGCCAAGGUGACUGCAGAGUGGGAGUCCAACGAGAUAGUUCGCCGCGCUCGGCGCGAGAUCCUGGAGAUGUACGGUGUGGACGUCUUUCACUUCGGUGGGCUGAUGGAGUUCUACUCCCCACAACGGAGCAUCGUCACCACGAUCGACGGGCUCUUCGUGCCGCCCGCAGCGGGAGUGCAGCGUGAUCGAUUUGGAAAUUUUCCCUUUACGUGCGUCGGCCCCCUCUUGGACACCAAGGUGAAGCGCGUAUGCCAUCCCUGGGCCGAUGCGGAGGCGAAGCCGUCUAGCGGCUUGCCCUGGGAUGUCAUCGACGGUGCUCUCGCUGCGUCGAAGCGGCUUGUGCUGAUCUCGCUUGGCACUGUUGCGAACUCCCACUUUUGGGAUGAACAGUUCGGAGCACAGGGGCUCAACAACGGUCUGGAGAAUUGCACCGGUAAGGAGAUCAUCCAGCACGUCUUCCGCACAGCCUUCGAGGCGCUGAGAGACGAGGAAGACGUGUUGGUUGUUCUGGUGGUGGGCUGUCAGCCAGACGUGCUGGAGGGCCUCCCCACUCCGCCUUCCAACUUCAUUGUUCGUGAGACCGUGCCGCAGAUCGAGCUUCUCCCCAAGUGCCACGCUUUCCUCUCGCACUGCGGUGCCAACAGCAUGCACGAGGCACUUCGAUUUGGCGUCCCAUUGGUGGGCGUGCCGCUCUUCGGAGACCAGGUCCCCAACAGCCAGUCCGUCGCUCAGGCCGGAGCCGGCGUCGCGUUUGGAAGGCCCUUGGAGACCCUCAGCAGCACGGCCCUUCGCUCUUCUAUCCGACAACUGGUGGACGCCGCACCUGGCAACCCCUUCCGACAGGCAGCGCAAGGCCUCAGCAAGCGCAUGCAGUCGGCAGGGGGAGUCGUGCGAGCUGCGGAUGUGAUCCUGGAGACUGCAAUGGCGCGGCAAUCGCUGAUUGCGGGUGCCUAG